AUGGCUGCCAAUCCAGAUCGGGAGGUGUGCCACCGGGCAGGGAGAGGAGGGAAGAUGCUGCUGCCGGUGAUGGCCGUCUUGGCGGCGGUGGUGCUGGCGUCGCUGCCGUCGGCGGCGGUGGCGACCAACUACACGGUGGGCGACGAGAAGGGGUGGAACCCCAAGGUGGACUACACCUCCUGGGUGAAGAAGCACCGCCCCUUCUACAAGGGCGACUGGCUCCUGUUCGAGUACCAGAAUGGGCGGUCGGACGUGGUGCAGGUGGACGAGGUCGGGUACGACAACUGCGACAAGGAGAGCGCCAUCAGCAGCCACAGCAAGGGGACCAGCUACGCGUUCCAGCUCAAGGAGGCCAAGGACUACUUCUUCAUCUGCAGCUACGGCUACUGCUACUCCGGCAUGAAGCUCGCCGUCACCGCCAAGAAGGGCCCCGCCUCUUCCUCCCCCGACUCCGGCUCAUCCUCCUCCUCCUCCUCCUCGCCGGCCGCCAAGUCAUCCUCCAAAUCCGCCGCCCCCCCCAUCGCCGCCCGCAACGCCGCUCCCCUCGCCGCCGCCGUGGGCGCCGCGGCCAUGCUACUCAGGAUGCUCUGA